AGCCAUCUCGGCUCUGCAGCCUUGCAUGCGCGGUGUGCCGCGAGGCUGCGCUGUAGUGAAUCGCAGGUCCAUGGCGUUGGUUUCUAUCAAAAUUUAAGCCAUGGCAUUCCCAUCUGGCAGUCCACUAUGCGUGCUCGCGCUGGUCCUUUGUAGCAGAUUCGCCCGCUCUGGGGCGCAGUACAUUGACGGUCCUGGGGUGGGCAACCUGGCUUGGAACGGACACUGCACAACGAAUGUGUACAACUUGGAGGACGCCGAGGCGAUCUGCGACAGCAGCCUGGCCUGCACAGUAAUUCAUUCGUUCGAUUGUCAGGAUUGGUUUUGGCGACCAUGUUGGAGCACGCUGUGGGAGAUUGUCGCUUCUAGCUCUGACACUUUGGCUUGUACCAGAACUUUACUUUCGACUACCACCGUCACCACAUCAACGUUGACUGUAACACCAGUCGGGGAUUUCUUAUAUGUGGAUGGCCCGCGUGUUAGCAAUGCUGCGUGGUCUGGACGAUGCGGUGCGACUCCCUCCACCUUGGAAGGCGCAAUCGCUAGCUGCAACGAUGACCCAGAUUGUGUGUCCCUCCACUCUUACGAUUGCCACCCCUGGUUCUGGCGCACUUGUAGCGGAACGGUUGACGAUAUGUCUGCUGUGGGCGGGGACACUCUCGCUUGCACGAAGGACAAGCUCCUUUCCACCACUACACUUAGUUCGACGACCACCAUGACGCGGACUGUCACAUCAUCGACGGCAACUCUGGUGUACGUCGACGGACCUCGCGUAGGCAACGGAGUAUUUGCGGACUACUGCAGCAGCGAAUUCGGGACGCUAGGCGAGGCCGAGGCAGCCUGCUCGGCGGAUCCCGCCUGCAGCGUGCUGCACUCCUUCGACUGCCUGGACUGGGCUUGGCGUCAUUGCACUGGGAAUUUCGCGACCAUGCUGGCGGCAGGUGGAGGGACGGGGGCCUGCACUCGAAUCCACAGAGACCUCGUCACGACCACAGAGACCUCUACCGCAACCACGUCGAUUGUUUACUUGGAGGGCCCUAGGCUUGGCAACAACGCUUGUAGCACAGGCUGCAGCGGCGUAUUCAACAGCAUGGAGAAAGCACGGUUGGCGUGCCGCGAUGAUGUGGCGUGCACCGGCGUCUUGUUUUCGUACAGUUGUCAAGAUUGGGCGUGGCUCUAUGCCACCAGGAGCAUCACUGAGAUGAUGUCAGACAGUCCUGGUUCGACCUCCUGCACGAUGGUAUCGGAGCAGGUCCUGAAUGCGAUCUCAACCACCACUCAGUCGAGUUCGUCGACCAGCAGUUCCUUGACGCUCACACUCACCUCCACGACUUCCAUCACCACAACACGCACAUCUAAGACAGCGAGCUCUACCACGUCCACAACGUAUAGCUUCAGUUCAACGGUCACAAGCUCCACGUCGAGCAGCACCACAACAAGUUCUUCCACCGCUAGCACUACAACUCGCACGUCUGAGACGGCCACCUCAUCUAUCAGCGCGACUGAGAGUCUUAGCAGCACAACGGCGACUAUCUCGAGCACGAUCUCGACUACCAGCGACACAAGUAAAAGCAUGACCAGUACUACACGCACGACAGCUAGCAGCACAAGCAGCAUAACCUCGACAAGCUCUCUCACGAUCUCGACUACCAGUGCCACGAGUAGUGGCACGACCAGCACUACACAUACGACUUCUAGCGGCACAAGUAGCACAGUAUCGACAACUUCCAGUGUAACAUCGGUUGUUACUUCGACAAGUAGUAGCACGACUAGCGCUACCCGCACCACUGCUAGCGGCACAAGCACCAUCACGGUGACAUUGUCCAGCGUGACAUCAACAACAAGAACCACAGGCAGUAGCACGGAAAGCUCGACCCAAUCGACUUCUAGCGGGACCAGCAUCACAACAGGGACAACAUCCAGCGCGACGUCGAUCACCAGAACCACAGGCAGUAGCACGACAAGCUCUACCCAAACGACUUCUACCAGGACCAGCACUACCACAGGGACAAUAUCCAGUACGAAAUCGCUUACUUCGGCAACAUAUAGUAGCACGUCCAGUGAUACCCGCACAACUGCCAGCGGCACAAGCAGGACCACAGCGUCGAUCUCCAGCACGACUUCGAUCUCCAGCUCCACCCGCAGCAGCACUGUCAGCACCAGCAGCGUGAGCACUUUGACGCAAACAAGCACCAGCGAGACAACGGGCUCGACCACCACGACUGCUACAAGCGGUACCACAUCGGCUUCCAGUAACAGUCAGACAAGCACCACGUCGGGGACAACCGUCAGCAGCACGCACAGCAGCACAACACUCAGUGACACCAGUGUCACGAGCAGCUCUGCAACCACAGUCACCAGCGAGACGAGCAGCACAAGUGUUACCAGCAGGAGCGAUACUAGCUCCACCACCCUGACUCUGACAAGUGGCACCCAGACGUUCACUGUUUCGAGGACCCGCAGCUCUGUCACGAGCACGGCCACCACUUUCAGCACCAGCGCGAGCACUGUGAGCACUUCGGUCAGCUCUCGCACGACAGUCUCCAGCAGCACGAGGAGCCUCACAGCUACAAGCGCCAGCGAAACCACCGACUCCACCAUGACAAGCACUACCAGAACGAUCUUCACAACAGCGACAACGACCACUAGCACAUUGACGACUUCCUCGUCGGCUACGAGUGUUACAACUACCGCCACUUUCUCGUCAAUGACGACUGCGACAGGCACAACUGCCACACAGACAACGGGCACGGACACGACUGGGACGGGCACCAGCCAUUCCAGGACACUCAGCAUGACCAGCCGCACCAGCAGCAUCACCAAGACAACCAUCAGCAGCACCAGCAGGACGACAAGAUCAACUGUGACGACGGGCACGACAGGGACCACAAGCACAUCGACCACCUUUUCGUCGACAACAACUGCGACAGUUACAACUGCCACGAAGACAACCAGCUCGGACACGACUGCGACGGGCACCAGCCACACCAGCACUCUCAGCACCACCAGCCUCACCAGCAGUAGCACCCAGACAAGCACCAGCAGUACCAGCAGGACAACGAGAUCAACUGUGUCGACGGGCACGACGGAGACUACUAGCACAUCGGCAACUCUUUCGUCGACAACGACUGCGACAGUUACAACUGCCACGACGACAACGAGUACGGACACAACUGUUACCGCUACCAGCCACACCAGCACCCUCAGCACCACCAGCCGCACCAGUAGUACCACCCAAACUCGCACGACGACCUUCGCGACCACAAGCUGGACCAGCACGCGAGCACCGACCCAUACGAGCCACACGAGUACUACAUUGACUUGGUCAGUGUCAUUGACACGAACGGAGCAGAGUGAUUCAACCUCUCUUGAUUUCACAGGUUCGUCACUCGCGGGCAGCAUGCAGAUGUCUGUUCAGAACGCUGCGUCAUUCGUCUCGGAUCCGCUUGUGAAAGCUGCGCUGGCAAGCUCGAUAGCAAGCGUCGCGGGCGUGCAAGCUAGCCAGGUGGUCGUGGAGCUCGACCUGUAUCGGCGACUCAUGGUAGCGAGGUCCCUCUCCGAGGUAGUGGUGGUCUCGUACACAAUUUGGCUCGACGCCUUGGACGAGGUCGCCACUCUUGCCGACGCCCUGCAGAGCGUGAGUUUGGCCGACGUAUCGGACGCUCUGCAGCAGGAAAUGCAGCAAGCCGGCCUCGGCGAUACCUACGGCGCCGUUGAGGUCUCAAGCUUCAGCGCCAGCCAGCCUGGGACGUCAUCCACCACAUCGGGAGGGGAUCUGUCCGCCACAUCCAGAUGGGGCCUGGCUAGCAUACAGGAGCCGCUGUCGGGCACGGUGGCGGCCGCGGUGGCCGGCAUUUGCCUGGUCGGCUGCUGCGCGGGCAGCGGCCUCGCCCUCGCCCGGCGGUGCAUGAGACGGAAACCUCCGAAGAGGCCCGCUCGCCACCACGUGGUGGUGGACCGGGACGCCCCGCAGGGCGCGGUCCCCGCGGAGGCGGGGAGCGGCGCGCAGGGCGGCCCGGGGGCCGCUUCGCCGCCCCCGCCGGACGAGGCUCCGGAGGUGGAGGUGAACGCGGAGGCUCCGCUGGCGGAGGUGGAGGUGGACGAGAGCGACGAGGAGAGGCCGUGGCCGCCGUCCCCGAGCGGCAUGCCGGGCUACCCAGGCAGCUUCCUCCGGACGCGGUCCGGGGGCUGGCCGCCAGGCGGCGGCGCCGCGGCCGCGGCCAGCCGCGACCCCCGCGGGCAGCCGCGGCCAGCCGCAGGCCAACAGGACCAGCGCUCCACCGCGGCGAGGGCGGCCGUCGCGCAGCUGUCGCGGGAGGCCUCGCAGAUGGACGGCGCGUUCGCGGCCGCGCAGAUGGGCGACGCGAUCCCAUCCGCACCAGGUCUUCAUGGACUUCGUGUUCCUCGUCUUGUUCGUGUUCUUUGUCCACGUCUCCCUGCGGCGCUGGCAGCGCGCCCAGGCGGGAGUGCUUCAGCUCGGCGGGGGACGACGGCUUCCGGUGGGAGUGGGAGAUAUCGAGCACCAGGGCGCUCCACGUGCCGGGGCAGGGCAAUCUCUCCUGCGCCCCGGCGGCCGCUCCCGCCAGGGCCCCCGCCCCGCGUGCCCCGGUCCUGGCCGGCCGCGGUGCGCCUGCCGCGAGGCG